AUGUCAACGCGCUCGACGCAAACCGUCCUAGAGACGCCGACGAUGCUGAGGAAGAGAUCAGGUGUCAUGGUUCUUGCCGAAUAUGACAAGGCCGGAGCCCUCAAAACCAAGUACAUAGAGUCGGCUCCGAUCGCCGGAUCAUCUAGGGUCGAUCUCCAGCUCCCGCCCAAGAGAAAGAAGCCUUGGCAAGAGCUUCUCGAAAUCUUCUUGCCCGAUGGGUACCCGCAUAGCGUAACAGACGACUAUGCUGAAUAUCAGAUUUAUGACUCUCUUCAAGCAUUUGCUGGCACAAUUGCCGGCAUGAUUUCUUCGCGGGCUGUUUGGGAAGGUCUGGGUGUUGGCGACUCAUUAGCAUCUCCAACCGGGGCUAUGCUCAUCCAAGUCACGCGAGAGUCCAUGGGAAGACUUGCUACCAUUACAUUCGCUCAUCUGUUUGCAACCUCCAUCGAGGCAGAAUGCAAGGCAUACCGCAUGGCAUGCGACCUUUUGACCGACCUCGCGAUGGUUCUCGACUGUGCAUCUCCCUAUUUCCCACAAGAGGCCAGGUUCGUGGUUCUCUGUCUCUCCAGCGUUUUGUACGCCGCGUCAGGAGUCGUUGGAAACGCAUCAAAAAGCAGUCUCAGUGGUCACUUUGCCAAGUGGAACAAUCUUGGCGAGCUGAAUGCUAAAGAUGCCAGCCAAGAGACGGCCAUUUCUCUGAUAGGAAUGCUCACGGGCACAUGUUUGUUGUGGUUCCUCACCAAUGAGACAGCAUCAUGGAUUGUGCUCUUUGUCCUCCUUGGCAUUCACCUAUUCCUUAACUGGAAGGGUGUUCGAGCGGUACACUCACGUCAGCUGAAUCGUCAACGCGCCAACAUUGCUUUAUCGGCAUUAUUCUCGAAAAACGAGGUCCUCACGCCUCUAAAAGUUUCCCGGAGAGAACUCAUCUUUGAGAGGCGUGGGGGUGAAGUGUUCCGCUGGAACUCAGGGCCCGUAUUUGGCCACUGCAAGUACGGAGUACCCCUCAAGACUUUGCUCCAAGCCUUGGCCUAUGAAAAUUACGAGACAUCUUUUCAACUAUCUAGUAUUGACUUGUAUACACUUAUGGACGUCUUUCAAGGCGAGGAGUAUAUCCUCUGGUGUCUGGUGUCAGCCGCCUCAAACGAUGCGGCCUCCAGAAUCAAGGUCAUUGUUGUCUUGAAAGAAGGCGUGUCGCCAAGGUCACAGCUGAAAGCUUGGUUCCAUGGCUUAUUACUGGCCAGAAGACUGAGCGAGCAGGAAGAAAUUGACUUGGUGCGAGCUGGACUUGAUCAACAUGCAAUGUUGGAUCACGUGGAGGAGAGUUUGCACAUUGCAAACGAAAAAUACGAGGUCUACGCGAGGAGACUGGCGUCUGCAGGCUGGAACAUUGAGGUUCCUCUGCUGGAGACCCGAGCAGGUUCUCGCAUAAUCCGUGAACCUGACGAGAUGAGAGCGCACUAA